UCUCGGGCUGCUCGGGCCGGCGGGGGUGAGUAACAGAUGCGGGUCAAAGAGCCAUCCAAAGCUUUACCUGAAAAAGUCAAAAGAAGUAAAAGACCUACUAUACCUCAUGAUGAAGACUCCUCAGAUGAUAUCACUGUAGGCUUCACUUGUCAGCAUGUAAGUUCUGCUGUCAGUGUGACUCAGGUGAAAAGAGCCAUAGCUGAGAAUCUAUGGUCGGUUUGCUCAGAAUGUUUAAAAGAAAGAAAACUCUUCGAUGGACAGCCAGUACUUGCUUCUGAUAUUUGGUUGUGCCUCAAGUGUGGUUUUCAGGGGUGUGGUAAGAACUCUGAAAGCCAGCAUUCACUGAAGCACUUCACGAGUUAUAGAUCAGAGUCUCACUGUAUUGUAAUUAGCCUCAACACUUGGAGUAUAUGGUGUUAUGACUGUGAUGAAAAAUUAUCAACACACUGCAAUAAGAAGGUUUUGGCUCAGAUUGUUGAUUUUCUCCAGAAACAUGUUGCUAAAACACAGAGAGGUGCAGUCUCUAGAAUCAUAAAACUUUGUGAAGAAAAAUGUGAAAUAGGUGAAAAGAAGAAGGGAAGAAAAGGCAGCAGUGUAACAUCUAUAAAAGGAAUUACAAAUUUAGGAAAUACUUGCUUUUUUAAUGCAGUCUUGCAGAACUUGGCACAGUCUUACAUUCUUACUGAGCUGAUUAAUGAGAUCAAAGAAAAUGGUACAAAACUCAAGAUUUUUCCUUCCUCAGAUUCUCAGCUGGACCCACUAGUGGUGGAACUUUCCAGCCCUGGACCACUGACCUCAGCCUUGUUCCUGUUUCUUCAGAACAUGAAGGAGAUGGAAAAAGGGCCACUUUCUCCCAAAGUUCUUUUUAAUCAGCUUUGUCAGAAAGCCCCUGGAUUUAAAAGUUUGCAACAGCAAGACAGCCAGGAACUUCUUCACUAUCUUUUGGAUGCAGUGAGGACAGAGGAAACAAAGAGAAUACAAGCCAGUAUUCUAAAAGCAUUUAAUAACCCCACUACUAAAACUGCUGAUGAUGAAACUAGAAAAAAAGUCAAAGCAUAUGGCAGAGAAGGUGUGAAAAUGAACUUCAUAGAUCGGAUCUUUAUUGGUGAAUUAACCAGCACAGUCAUGUGUGAAGAAUGUGCAAAUAUCUCUAUGGUGAAGGAUCCUUUCAUUGAUAUUUCACUUCCUAUAAUAGAAGAAAGGGCUUCAAAACCUGUACUUCUGGGGAAAAUUAAUAAAUGUAGGAGCUUACAGGAGUCAGACAAUGGUCAAUAUACUACUAUUGCUUUAGAAAAUACUCAUCACUCUAGAGCUACUGUGAAGCAUUCUUCACCCAAAAAUCGGAACCAACUAAUUCAUGACAGAAAACGUGUCAGAAAAUUAUCAUCUGGAGUAGAUAACGGUGUUGUCAUAUACCAGAGGAGCGAAAAUCUUGACAUGAAUGGGGAUUCUCUGGUGUUUGCCAGCAUCAGGAAUCCGGAAUCAGCUCUGGCGGAAAGCCCUACUGACGGCAGUGACAAGGAGGCCAGCAGCUCUGAGAGCAGUGCUGAUGCAGACAGUGAGGCUUCCGAAUCGGAAAGUGCUUCCCAGCGCCCUGUGUUGAUGCGGUCCAGUAGCAGGUGCUUCUUGCACACCAAUGGCCACCUUCACCAUUCGUUAGCAAAUGAACAACGACACGCCCAGGAGACUGACAGUGGUGAUGAGGGCCUGGCUGAAGCUGUGUCUGAACUUCAUUUGAGCAGCACUGUGGUCAGAGAGAAAAAUUUCGAUAGGGAAAACCAGCUGCUAAAUGUUCCAAAUAAUUUUUGUUUUUCGGAGAAGCAUAUGACGCCUGCCAGUCCCCAGAAUGCUUUUCAGACCCUUUCUCAGAGCUAUAUAACUACUUCUAAAGAAUGUUCCGUUCAGUCCUGCCUCUACCAGUUUACAUCGAUGGAAUUACUAAUGGGGAAUAACAAGCUUCUGUGUGAGAAUUGUACUGAAAAGAAACAGAAGCACCAAAGUGAAACCAGUUCUGCAGAAAGAAAAGCAGAAGGGGUUUAUACUAAUGCCAGAAAGCAACUACUCAUUUCUGCUGUUCCUGCAAUCCUAAUUCUCCAUCUUAAAAGAUUCCAUCAGGCUGGCAUGAGUCUUCGCAAAGUAAACAGACAUGUGGAUUUUCCACUUACGCUUGAUUUGGCACCAUUCUGUUCUGCUUCUUGUAAGAAUGUAAAUGCUGGCGAUCAAGUUCUCUACGGUCUCUAUGGCAUAGUGGAACAUAGCGGCUCUAUGCGAGGAGGUCACUACACUGCUUAUGUGAAAGUGAGAACACCCUCCAGGAAGUUAUUGGAACAUAUAACUGGAAAGAAAAAUGUCCCUGGUUUGAAGGAACCGGAGAGUGAAUCGGCAGACCAGUGGGUCCAUGUUAGUGACACUUAUGUGCAGGCGGUUCCCGAAGCACGAGCACUUAGUGCACAAGCAUACCUUCUGUUUUAUGAAAGAAUAUUAUAAUUCUUUGUUAAUUAUUUAUGAUAACGAUUACUUAGAUUGCUUUUAUUUAAAUGCUGCAGCGAUGACUAUAAUAUGCAAUGUGCCUUUGUAGUCUUUUCUCUCUGAUAGGAGUAGGCAUACCCCUCAGAUACUCCUGAAAAUAUUUUACAUUUUUGAUGAAUACUUUUAAAGCAAACUUAAAUUUACCCACAGCUUUCAAAUGGAAAUUCUUAAAAAGAACUCUAAAGCCAUGUUUUUAAAAGAAUAUUUGUCAGGGGUUUGGGACAUAGCUCAGUGGCAAAGCACUUGCCUUGCGUGUCUGAGGUGCUAGAUUCCAUCCCUGGCACUACCAAAAAAGGAAAAAGAGAAAAGGAGAUAUAUUUGUCAUGGAAAAAAAAAUGAAACAAAACAUAGUUUGUAGUAUAAAGGAAACUCCUUUAUGAUAUGGCUUUCUAUAUGAAUUCAAAAAUGAUGCUGGUUUAAUCAGAUCAUUCCUUAAAACAGUACUUCCCAAGUGAAAGUCACAUUUUCCUGAUUUUCCUGAUCUCAGAGAUACAUAAAUCUAUCUCUUGUUUUCUGUUUACUACUAUUUAAACCCUAUCUUUUCAGUUUUACCUUUUUAACCCUCCCCUUAUUUUGAGUAAUCAUACUAUCUUUUAUGUGCCAGUUAUAUUUUUCUAAUAAAUAUUAAAAUAAAUAUACAGCUAUCAAAAACUGUUUGUUUAUCAUCUAGCACUCCUCUUAACAUCAUCUCAGGACUAUCUGUUGGCAUU